AUGGCGCAGAAAGGAGUUCAGCUGGACCAGGAAACCUUCUCUUGUUCCAUCUGUCUGGAUCUACUGAAGGAUCCGGUGACUACUCCCUGUGGACACAGCUACUGCAUGGACUGUAUUAAAAGCCACUGGGAUGGAGAGGAUCGUAAGUACAGCUACAGCUGCCCUCAGUGCAGGAAGACGUUCACACCGAGGCCUGUCCUGCUGAAAAGCACCAUGUUAGCAGAUUUAGUGGAGGAGCUGAAGAAGACUGGACUCCAAGCUGCUCCUGCUGAUCACUGCUAUGCUGGAGCUGAAGAUGUGACCUGUGAUUUCUGCACUGGGAGAAAACUCAAAGCACACAAGUCCUGUCUGCAAUGUCUGGCUUCUUACUGUGAGAAACAUCUUCAGCCUCAUUAUGAAUCAGAGACAUUCAAGAAACACAAGCUGGUGGAGCCGUCCAAGAAGCUCCAGGAGAACGUCUGCUCUCGUCAUGAUGAGGUGAUGAAGAUUUUCUGUCGUACUGAUCAGCAGCUUAUCUGUUCUCUCUGCUUAAUGGAGGAACAUAAAGGCCACAACACAGUCUCAGUUGAGGCAGAAAGGACUGAGAGGCAGAAAAAGCUUGAGGGCAGUCAACACAACAUCCAGCAGAGAAUCCAGGACAGAGAGAAAGAUGUGAAGCUGCUUCAACAGCAGGCGGAGGCCAUCAAUCUCUCUGCUGAUAAAGCAGUGAAGGACAGCGAGAAGAUCUUCACUGAGCUGAUCCGUCUCCUGGAGAAAAGAAGCUCUGAUGUGAAGCAGCAGGUCAGAUCCCAGCAGAAAAGGGAAGUGAGUCGAGUCAAAGAGCUUCAGGAGAAGCUGGAGCAGGAGAUCACUGAGCUGAAGAGGAGAGACGCUGAGCUGAAGAAGCUCUCACACACAGAGGAUCUCAACCAGUUUCUACACAACUACCCCUCACUGUCACCACUCAGCCAAUCAGCAUCCAGCAUCCAUAUCCGUCCUCUGAGCUGCUUUGAGGACGUGACAGCGGCCGUGUCAGAAGUCCGAGAUAAACUACAGGACGUUCUGAGAGAGAAGUGGACAAACGUCUCACUGACAGGGACUGAAGUGGACGUUUUACUGCUACAACCAGAGCCCAAGACCAGAGCUGAAUUCUUAAAAUAUUCACGUGAAAUCACACUGGAUCCAAACACAGCACACACACAUCUGGUAUUAUCUGAAAGGAACAGGAAAGCAACAGUAAUGAGUCAAACACAGUCUUAUUCUAGUCACCCAGACAGAUUCACUGGCUGGUAUCAGGUCCUGAGUAGAGAGAGUCUGACUGGACGUUGGUACUGGGAGGUGAAGAGGAGAGGAGGAGUUUCUGUAGCAGUCGCAUACAAGAAUAUCAGCAGAGCAGGGGCGUCGUUUGAAUGUGGAUUUGGAUACAAUGACAAAUCUUGGGCGUUAGAUUGUUACAACAACAGUUAUACAUUUUGGUCCAACAAUGUAGAAACUCCCGUCUCAGGUCCUGAGUCCUCCAUAGUAGGAGUGUACCUGGAUCACAGUGCAGGUAUUCUGUCCUUCUACAGCGUCUCUGAAACCAUGACUCUCCUCCACAGAGUCCAGACCACAUUCACUCAGCCGCUCUAUGCUGGACUAAGGCUUAAUUGGUCUUUUAGAGACUCUGCUAAGUUGUGUAAACUGAAAUAGACAGAAGUCAUUUAAGGUAUUCUGUGUUUUAACUUUUGUUGCUGAGAGAUGAUUGUUGUGACAUUCUAUUUUUUGUCUUGAUAAUAUAUGUUGUUUUUAUUUGUUGUUUGUAUACCUGGAGUGGUAACAAAAAUAAUUUCCCCCUGGGAUUAUUAAAGUAUUUCUGAUUUCUGAUUUUUGUCAGAAAUUGUCAGUGUUGUCAAUAUUUUUCACGUGUUCACACGUUUUUGUUGCUUUUUUCUUAUUUUUUUACUUUUAUCAACAUUUUGUCACUUCUUUCGACAUUUAUUUGCUUUUCUAAACGUUUUUGUAAACUUGUUUGACAUUUCUUUUGCUUGUAUUGACGUUUUAGAAGUGAUGAGAUAUUUUUUGUUAGUUGAGAAAAUCAUUCGGGGAGUCCCAGAAACUCUCAAUGUGCUCAGUAGAGAUCUGUUAUUUUACCUUUGAUUGUUGAAACAGGACGAUAUGUUAAAAAACAUCUUUACCGAAAUGAUCUGUAGAGAUUAGCUGUUGUUUGUUAUUCAUGUAUUUCUCCACGUUAUGUAUUUGCGGGACAGGAAGAUGUCUGUUAAAUAGCGGUGACUUGUAAUCCCAUGUGGGACGGGCCAAAUGUUUGGCGUGACACAGAAAUCAAAUCAAACUAAAAGUGUAUUUAGUUUCUCUUCCACUGCGUGGCUCUGAAGAGAGAAAGCACCAGACCUCCUUUAUCACUUUGUUCUCUUUGUGGACAUUUGUAAAGAAAUCUAGAUACAUUUAUUAGUUUGGCGGACCAAAUGUUAUCAUAAUCAUAAUCAAUUAGUCAUUCUUCUCUUUUACAUAGCUGAGAUUCUGGUUCUGUGUGGAUGAAGUGAAUGUGUUGAUGAAAUCAUUGAACAAGAGUCUUUGAACAGACUUUACUGAUGGGAUGUGUGAACAAACUGAAGCUUUACAUGAUGAAUAAACUAACAUGAACAAAG